UGAAGUUUUUGGAAGCUGCCCUCUAUCCGCCGUCGAUUCAAUUGGUAAGAUUGCAUUAUGGGAUUGGUCUUUUCGAUCCAACCUUGAACAAAAUGGGUAGUGGUAAGCCCAGAGGUCUGCGUACAGCCCGUAAGCUAAGGAACCAUCGUCGUGAUCAAAGAUGGCAUGAUAAGGAUUACAAAAAGGCUCAUUUGGGUACUGCCCUCAAAGCUAACCCAUUCGGAGGGGCAUCUCAUGCUAAGGGCAUUGUUUUGGAAAAGAUUGGUGUGGAAGCCAAACAGCCAAACUCUGCCAUUAGGAAAUGUGUGCGUGUUCAGUUGAUCAAGAAUGGUAAAAAGAUCACCGCCUUUGUACCAAGAGAUGGUUGCUUGAACUACAUUGAGGAAAACGAUGAGGUUUUGGUAGCUGGAUUUGGACGAAAGGGCCAUGCUGUCGGUGAUAUUCCUGGCGUACGAUUCAAAGUUGUGAAGGUCGCAAAUGUUUCCAUGUGGGCUUUGUACAAAGAGAAGAAGGAAAGACCAAGAUCAUAAGUCAAAAUGUACUCAGCAUUUUGGUCUGAUGGGGACUAUUUCUGUAAAUUCCUAGUAAAAGGACACAAUUAAAAAUAUAUAAAAUUGAAA